CCUCCCCUUUCCUUCCCCUUCACCGGCAGGCACGCACGGCACGGCACGGCACGGCAGGCUUCUCUCCCUGAUCUGCCCUGCCCUGCCCUGCCUGGAGUGGAGUCUCGCUCUCCUCGUACUCCAGCCCGCCCUGCCCUCCGACCCCGACCGACCACCGCUGCCGCAGCGACACCUACACGCCCGCCCGCCGCGGCUGAGCCUCAACCCCAGAUCUCACGCCGCGGCCACCAGAUCUGCGGCGCGCCCGCCAUGGACGCCGGCACCGGGGGCGGCGGGCCAACGGCCAUCCGCGUGCCCUACCGCCACCUCCGCGACGCCGAGAUGGAGCUCGUCAGCCUCAACGGAGCGGACGCGGGCCCGACGCCGCACAAGGACGCGGACCAGCCGCGGAGCCGCGGCGCCAACGCCGACAGGACCAAGCUCGUGCUUGCCUGCAUGGUCGCCGCGGGCGUCCAGUUCGGGUGGGCACUGCAGCUCUCCCUCCUCACGCCAUACAUCCAGACCCUAGGAAUAGACCAUGCCAUGGCAUCAUUUAUUUGGCUCUGUGGGCCAAUAACUGGUUUUGUGGUUCAACCUUGUGUUGGUGUUUGGAGUGAUAAGUGCCGAUCAAAGUAUGGGAGGAGAAGGCCAUUUAUUUUGGCUGGAUGCAUAAUGAUAUGUGCUGCUGUAACUUUAAUCGGGUUUUCUGCAGACCUCGGUUACAUCUUAGGGGAUACCACCGAGCACUGCAGAACAUAUAAAGGUUCAAGAUUUCGAGCUGCUAUGGUUUUCAUUCUAGGAUUCUGGAUGUUGGACCUGGCAAACAAUACAGUGCAAGGUCCUGCUCGUGCUCUUCUAGCUGAUCUUUCAGGUCCUGAUCAGUGUAAUUCUGCAAAUGCAAUAUUCUGCUCAUGGAUGGCUGUUGGAAAUAUUCUUGGUUUUUCAGCUGGUGCAAGCGGGGAUUGGCACAAGUGGUUUCCUUUUCUAAUGACUAGAGCCUGCUGUGAAGCUUGUGGUAAUUUGAAAGCAGCUUUCUUAGUUGCAGUCGUAUUUCUUUUGUUCUGUAUGUCUGUUACGCUGUACUUCGCUGAAGAGAUCCCACUAGAGCCAAAAGAUGCACAAGGACUGUCAGAUUCUGCUCCUCUACUGAACGGUUCUAGAGAGGAUGCACAUGCAUUGAAUGAACCAAAUAAUGAAAGAUUUCCUAAUGGCCAUGUAGAUGGAAACAACGUGUCGGCUAACAACAACACUGAGGAAUUUCCAAAUGCGAAUUCCAACACAGACAAUGGAGGAGUCUUCAAUGAUGGACCUGGAGCAGUUUUGGUUAACAUUUUGACCAGCAUGAGGCAUCUACCUCCUGGGAUGCAUUCAGUGCUUGUAGUUAUGGCCCUAACAUGGUUGUCAUGGUUUCCCUUUUUUCUUUUUGACACUGACUGGAUGGGGCGUGAAGUUUACCAUGGGGAUCCAAAUGGAGAUCUGAGUGAGAGGAAAGCUUAUGACAAUGGUGUCCGAGAAGGUGCAUUUGGUUUGCUAUUGAAUUCAGUUGUCCUUGGCGUUGGUUCCUUCCUUGUUGAUCCACUAUGCCGGAUGAUUGGUGCAAGAUUGGUUUGGGCCAUUAGCAACUUCACUGUGUUUAUUUGCAUGAUGGCUACAACAAUACUAAGUUGGAUCUCUUCUGAUCUGUACUCAAGCAAACUCCAUCACAUCAUUGGGGCAAAUAAAACAGUCAAGACUACAGCAUUGGUUGUUUUCUCUCUUCUCGGACUGCCACUCUCGAUCACUUAUAGCGUUCCAUUUUCUGUGACUGCUGAGCUGACUGCUGGUACAGGAGGUGGACAAGGUCUGGCCACAGGAGUCCUAAAUCUCGCUAUUGUUGUUCCCCAGAUAGUAGUGUCACUCGGAGCAGGUCCAUGGGAUGCUCUAUAUGGGGGAGGAAACAUCCCAGCGUUCGCCUUGGCUUCGGUCUUCUCCCUGGCGGCAGGUGUGCUCGCAGUUCUCAAGCUACCAAAGCUGUCGAACUCGUACCAAUCUGCCGGUUUCCAUGGAUUUGGCUGAUGCUCAUGCCCAAAGCCGUCUGCCAUGUAACAUCCAGAUACACACCAACACUUAGCCCCAUUUUGCCAUUCGUUUACAGAGAAAUGAUUCUUUGUCCUCGUACCCCUACAGAAUAAUGAUAGUGAAAGUAGAAAACUUAGGUUAGAGAGGCUAGUUAGGUUGAUGUGCAUACAAGCCAAUGCAAAGGUGUAAAAGCUGUAUCUUCGUUUUUUUGACAGUACGUGUAUGUAAGAGCUGCCCAUAUGGUGGAGAAAUUUUACAGGUGGUGUAACAUGUUUUGUUCCUAACCUGCCCUCUUUUGUACAUUGUACUACUACCACUACCACUGCUGCAUGCUUACAAGUGUUGGUCAGAUUCGGAUGAUUCUGUA